AGGGCUGGGGAGGGCCCUCCAGGGAAGCCGACCUAGCGUCGAUUCCUGCAGUUGCGGCCCGGGUCCCCGCGCCUAGGAGAGGAGGCGACGCGGGGCCGGCGGCUUUGUGGCGCGCGGGUUCCAGCGCGGGGGCGGGGAGAGAGGGCGAGCUGAGGGCCUCGAGUCCCAGCACUCCGCCCCGCUGCGGACGCCGCGCAUGGCCAGCCCCUUGCCGUCCGGCUUCCCCGCGCGCAGGAACAGCCGCCUGGAUGUGUUCCUGCGGCGGCAUCUGCCGCCUGAGGUUUACGACGCGGUCCGCGCCUACGAGCCAUGCAUCGUGGUGUCCAGCUCUGAGAACCACAUCCUCAAGUACGUGGUGCUAAGCGACCGGCUCGUCUACCUAACCGAAAACCCGCCCAAGUCCAUCCGGCGAGUAGUGGCUCUGCGGGACGUCGUGGCCAUUGACCUGAUUGAUGAUUACCCAGAAUUUUUGAGUUCGCCAGAUAGAGAAAUCAGCCAACACAUUCGUAUCAUCUAUUCUUCAACCGUUUUGAAAAAACAGUGUAAAAAGUCAAAUGGUGUCAGGAAAUUCCAAUUUCCAUUUCAUCAUACUAAAGCUAACAACAAGAAAGUCAAGGAAGAAAAGAAUGGCCUUGCCUUUUGGAGAAGCAAAGAGCCCAGAAGUCUGAAUGAAUCUCCUCUCAGGGACCAGCAGGAGAGCAGUACACCAUCCAAGGACUCAACUCUCUGUCCUCGUCCAGGCCUCAAAAAGCUGUCCCUUCAUGGCCAAGGUGCCUUUCGACCCCUACCUUCCCCCUCCAGGAGGAGCUCUCAGUCUGCACCAACAACUGGCAAGGCUGUCAGCGAGCCAUCUUGCACAACAAACACAAAAGAACCCCAGGGACUUCCAGAUCACAACAACUCCAUAAGUGAAAUUCCUUUCAAGUGCAAUGGGAACGGAAAUGAGUUUUACUUAGGAAAUUCCCUCCUAGAUUCCCCUUCACGGAGCAACUCAAAUUUAGAGAAAAAGGAGUCAGAACUUCAUUUGUAUGUUAUUUCCACAACCUCAUCAAUAUUUCUGCACUUAAAAAGUUCAUGGAACAAUUAUAUUAUAAAAGCUACCCUUUUACAAGAUCCCUUCUAUGCUAGUGAGUUCAGUCCUGCUAUUGGAAGUCAAAAGCCAUAUAGGUCUGAGGAGAAAAUUAAGCACUUCAGUCAACUUAAAUCUGAACUUUUUCUUAAAGACAAUUCUUUGAGGAGGAUACUUUCUUUACUUACGGAACUUAAGGUAGCAGCCCAGAAAAACUUCAUUCUGAAAAGGCUUUUCUGGAAGACCAGUGACCUUUUCUAUUUCCUAGUAAACAAACUUCAUGAGUACUUGCCGGAGUCUAGGGAUAAGAAUGCACUUCAAAAUCAAAGCCAAAGGGUUGAUGAGCUGGUGGCAUGCAUUGAAAUUAUACAGACCCUAGUAUUGAUGUUCAGAGAAACAGAAACUGAGUCAUCACGCCUGAACACAUUGGCAGCUAAGAAGGGAGCACUAUUUAAUCUCUUGGUAAUUUUAAUUAGUGAGCCUCAGAUUCCAAAAUCUUGUCCUGUGUUUGAUAUCCAGUUGGUGGCUGAUUCAACUUUAGUCAGAAUGUCUUUUGACGCUGAGUUACAGAAGCUUAUUCUGGAGUAUACAAAUACCGCUACAGCACUUUUAUAUGAGAUACUUCUUGUCUUUCAGCAGGGAAAUCUCGGAUUGGGAUCCACAAAGUUUGCUAUUAGCUGGAUGAUGUCCUUUCUACAAAGCUGUCCUCCCAUCAUUACUUUUGUGGCCAGUAUUGUGAAACAAGUGGUGAGGGGGCUUUCAGCUUCAUUUCAGCUGCUAAGUCCCUGCCAAGCAGUUCUGUUGUACCAGCAAUUUUACAUCCUCAAAAGUUGUCUGCGGCACAGCAGGACUCUAGCUGAGUAUAUUAGGAAUAACUACAGAGAAGAAUUCAGGUACUUUAUUCACAUGCCAGCCUUGCAGAAAAAGCUCCCAUUGUGUUACCCCAUCACUCAACCUACCACUCAACUUUUUCAUGAAGUUCUGAAAUUAGUUGAAUAGAAACAAUGUACACAAUGUUAAUAAGAGUAUAAAAUGUUAAUCAAGAGUCAACUUGAUAUUCAUGAGAAACAUUUUUUGAUUUGUUUAAUAUCUGGCUAUCUCUGAGUCCUAUAAACAAAGAUUUUAAUUGAAUGUUCCAUCAAUACCUCUCUACGAGAAGUUUCAAAUUUUUAAAAAUAAAUUUGCUUUAUUAU